UAUUUGCUGCUGCAAAAAUCUGAUCAGAAAUUUUCAAUGCUUCUCCAUAAGGCAUAUUUACAGAGAAUGUAACAUGGUUGCUGCCUUGCUAAGCAGAGCAUCAAUCAUGCUUAUGGGAUAAUCGAGUUUGAUAGCCCUCCUAUCCAUGCCUCACUUGCUUAUCUUGAUGAUCUUGAUGGAGUUACUUGGCAACGACGAAUCUCUGUUAGGCCUGAUAAUAGGCCAAGAUAGCUUGUUUCUUUAGUCUGUUUCGUUUUUCUGGGUCUUUUUGACCCCUUGCUUACCAAAAAAAAAAAAAAAAGAACAGAGCUCCAACCCGCAGUUGACCAGCGGCAGAGGGCGCUUGGGUUCACGUUUACAAGACCACUUAAUUCCUCAUUCUCACCCUCACGAGGUCAUAAAAAGAAUGGAGAAGCAAGGACUGAGAGAUCAAACCUUAUGCUGCCUUGUUGGGAGCUCAAAGCAGCGGGAUCCACAUGCACCUCACCCACUUUACAAUUACACCUCUCGGCGUGUGUUCUUGAGCCUAUCAGCGGUUUCGGCGUGGCUAAAGUUUUGGAAUCUGGGGAUGCAAAGUUAAGCAAGGCGACUUGGUUUGGGGAAAGACUGGCUGGGAAGAGUAUGCCUGGUAUGACUGCAUAUGCUGGUUUUUAUGAGAUCUUCUCUCCUAAGAAAGGAGAGACGGUCUUCGUUUCAGCGGCAUCAGGAGCGGUAGGUCAGCUAGUUGGCCAAUUUGCCAAGUUAGCCAGGUGCUAUGUUGUUGGAAGUGCUGGAAGCAAAGACAAGGUUGAUUUGCUGAAGAACAAGUUUGGCUUUGACCAGAAAGUCCGUAAAUGGAUCACAAAAGAGGUGGACUAAAGCAUGCACAAGUUUGGUUUAUGGGAAAUAAGUGAAGGUUCCACUCUUCAAUACUUUCACAACAGAGUAAUCGAAUAGCGGAUGCAGACGACAACUUGUAGUCCUCUCCAAUUGCACUCUUCUUUUCUUAUAAUUGCAUUUUCUACUUAAGAAAUGCCUAGGAAAAUUCUGAUGAAUUAUUUGCUAAAAUCAUCUUGUUGAACCUCUGUUGUGUCUUUCCUUUCCAUAUUUCUGAGGUUAUGAUGAAAAUAAGUUUUUCCAUUUUCCUUUCCAAUCAAAAACUUGCUUGCUUUGGAUAAAGACAAUGUCUGUGAGAAGUUUGUAGUGUUUUACUCCAACCCUGCAUUUCUGAAGGUUUGGAAUCUCAAGUUUGGUACUUGCAUCAUGUAUGUCUGUGUGCAAUUUUUUAUGAAGGCUAUAGAAAGGCACUUGACCUAUGUAUUGCAAUGGUUGCUCAAAUAGUCGAAUCCUAUUUCACUUGGUAUCACCUAUCACUCCCAUCUAUGAUCUAAUUCUUAAGGCCAAUGCUCAUAUGGUGGGUUCAGGGUUAGGAGGAUAGUCAUCAGCCCCAUUUUUACCCUCCAAAAGGUAAGAAAGUUAUCAGCCCCAUCUCGUGCCUUGUCUAGGAAGUUUACGUGAUUAGUACGUGAAAUCAUAUCUGGUGUGUCAUUAUGCUCUUUGUACUGUUGGUCACUGUUUCCCUGAAUUAAUUGUUCAUUUAGUAAAGAAUGAAAUUGCAACGUCCUUUGUCCUUUUUAAGCAAGAAAUAUAUAGUGGAGCAGAUAUUCUUAUUAAAAAAAAAAUGAAGCCAAUAGUAUUUUGAAGUUGUUAUUUUUGUCAUUGAUCCUUUAAUAAACACUGAGCAGACAAUUCUGAGUUAAUAAACUUUCGCAGCAUGGAUAAUCAGCAAAUUCUUCAAGGGUUCAUAUUCAUAUGUAGAUAGGAAUGCCUUUGCAGUGAAACCAAGACCAAAUUCGCAAUUUUUAAGUUCUAAACCUUCUAUAUCGUGUUGCUAUUUGCUAUGAGUAGAAGGCUCUUGCAUGAACACCCAGCUUCUUAGCCGAGUGUUUUCUGUUUGAAGAAAAUUCUUUAACCCUAAUUUACACAGGAGAAUGUGUUCCCAUUUAAAAGUUAAAAGUGCUUUUUUUUUUUUGGCUCCUAUCAUCUUCCUUUGUUUAUGCUAAUCUUUGGUGGACUAAUGUAGUUUCCUUAAUGGUGUUGCAGGUAGAAAUAACUAAAAUGGAGUUGGCAUUGGAAGAAGAAUAAAGUGUUCAUAUGUUUCUAUCUGUUGCAAAAAUUUUAUGCUUGUUGCUCUCAAGUUCUCUCCACACAAGUGGCCUAUAGAAGCAAAUACAUGUGCAUAUGAAUUUCUUGUUAGUUGCCACAAAAAGAAAUAAUGUAUUGUUAUUUCCUGUGUGUGCCAACUACAGGCACUGAUCUACACCGAAUGAAUUAUAAGUAAAUAUAUGUGAGAAUUUCAUGCUUGUCAAUAAAAAUUUGUGGGAAUGUUUUAUUAUGAUUA